AUGCGUUUCGUUGUUAUGGCGAUGCUGUUGCCAGUGCUAAUGAGGGCAGGAUCAGAAUGCAGGUCCAGCUGUCGACUUACCAAUAUCUCCAUUACUGUCGAAAGUGAGGAAUGUGGCAGCUGCAUCACAAUUGACACCACUGCAUGUGCUGGGCUCUGCAUAACUCAGGAAAGAGUUUACCGUAGCCCAUUGUUGCAGCACUACCAGAACACCUGUAACUUCAGAGAAUGGACCUACGAGACCUAUGAGUUCAAAGGCUGCCCUGUUGGGGUUGACUCAGUUUUCACCUACCCUGUGGCCCUCAGCUGUGAGUGCAGCAAGUGUAACACUGAUAUCACAGAUUGUGGAGUUCUCAGCCAGCAGACAACCAGCUGUAAUGCACUUUAA